AAAGUUGUUGCUUUCCAAAGAACAACAUUACAAAGUUGAAUACAAGAUGGACACUGACCUCGGUGGUUUCCUUGUCAGCCUUCUUUCUGUCUAGCAUCAGGCUACUCUUCUUCUUCUUAAUUUAGUAUCCAAAAGCUUGCAUUAGCUUUUGGAGCAAUUGGAAAAAAUUCUUGUAAAAGACUGUAGAUGUAAAUCACAAGGUAAGUUUUUGCAUUCCAAAAAAAAGUUUUUGUAUUUAUUUUUGUCUUGUGCAUUGUAUCAAGAACAUAUUGUAACUGCCCUCCUUCGUCAUUUUUAAAAUCAGGGCCAGAUAAUUUGGUCAAGUAGAUAAUCUAACAAAAAGAUAACAAAAAAACAUCAACGUACCAUAAGCAUACUUAAGAGACCCAUAUAUUUCUACAACUUUGACAAUAAAACAAUUUUGCAAACUGUGGCUUUCGCUUGAAGUUUCUAUGACGAGGUCGGAUUGAUUUGAUAGAUUCUUCGCAUGCGAAAUCUGAAUGCGCAUAGCUUACGUACGAAGUCAGUUAUGGUGCUUCAACUGGCGCCAAAGCCAUUCCGGACAGACUGAUCGAUUCACUACAACAGGCUUUUCCGGUGCAGUGGCAGACCUCAUCAAAGAUCUUAUGACUUCUUGAAUUAUCAAUGGUACUCCUUGAUUGGAACUUAUAUGUAUACUGUCUGCCUUGCUCCAUAAUUUUCUGUCCCAUUUGUUAAAGAAGUUGGCCACGUCAAUAUAAUGUGCAACAUAUGCUCUACAAAACUUCUUCAAAGCACUGCUAUAUAUAUCCAUUCUGACAUCAAUUUUGUCUAAAUGAGGUAAAAUUGAAACAAAAAAUACCUGCAAAUAGACAAUGCUAUCAAAGUCAUUCUCAACACAUAGGUUGAAGGAAGAACUUUUAAGAUCAUCAAGAGCUAUUUUACUUGCUAUUUGCAGCUUAGUUUUUUACAGCUUGUUCUAUUUACAUGUAAGGAAAACCUUUAAUAACAAAAAGGAUAUGACAGAGUGCUCUAUUGCACUCCCACUGGAAUUUGCAUUGAAAAUUGGCUUCUUAUCUUACCUUAGAAUCAGAUUAAAAAAGUCUUUCUCUACUCUUUCCAUCCUCAAAUGUUGCAUAAUGUCAUUGGUUCCAACUAGGAACACAAUGCAGCCUGGAACAGUUGACACUUCGAAAAUACCCGGUUCGAAAAUUUAACCGUCCAAAAUGUUUAUUGUCCGGAUUUUUUAACAUCCGAAAAUUUUACUGCCAAAACUUUAUACAGAAACUUUGAGAAGUAUACUCAUGGAACGGUAAAAUCCAUGUACAUAUGUUCUAAAGCGCUGAACAAUCUAGUGUUAAAAGAACCUUAAAUUAUAGAAGUAGAUGAUAAAAAAAUUGAAAGAUAGACACAAUAGAAAUGGCAAGCAAAUAUGAUAAUAUUUGGCUUUGUUAGCAAUUAUUUAAAUUGAAUGCCAAAGAAAGAAAGGCGUAGGACUGUUUAAACUUCCAAUGAGAAAAGAUGAGUAGAGCAACAAAUGGAGGAGGGAUUUCUUGAACGUGUUAACAAAAUACCGUGUCCAGGAUGAAAGUUUUAAGCGACAAUUGGCUGCGGACUCACUUCAUGUGUGCGAAAGAAAUUUCCUUCCCGAAGAAAUAAAGAUUUGUAAGUAUAAAUUGUUGUCAGCGUCAAUCGCUUUUAUACUUUAGCCAAGCAGCACAAAGUUUUUAUUUAACACAUUCCACAUCUUUAAAGAGGGCAACCUAUCAGCAAUGCUGUAUUUCAAGAGGCCUUCUACUUACUAAAAUCAAAUGGCUGCAUAUUGUUACACCUUGUUACACUGUAUAUUUUUUGCAUGAUGUCUAAGUCUUGUUUUACAAGGAAUUUGCCUAAUUUGUUCAUUCUAUCUUUCUAAGGUUGUGGACCUAAACUAACAAAGGAAGAAUUGGUCAAGGGAGCACUGCCACCACAGAACUUGCCAAUUAGAAACUCUGACCUUGGCCCAAACACCAAGAAGAUAGAACAUCAAAGAGUAUCAAAGUAUAUUGUUCGUGAUCAGCCAUUAAUAAGUGAAGCAAGAAAAUUUUGUUACAAGGACUUCAAAGAACUCACCAACAGGACACAAAAACUUGUUCUGAAAGAUUUGAGUAUUUCUACAAGUGAUAAUCUGAUACGCUGAGAGCUCAUUUUCUGGAUUUUCCAUUAGACAUAUAUUGCCAAUGCAAGCUGAUCCAUCUGCUCAAAAGGAAGAUUCCAGUCCUUUUCCAUCAAAAGAAUACACACGGGCAGUAAAAUGUGAGAUUCUCAUUCCAGAAGGUGAUAAAGUAUGUGGAGCGUGCUUGGAAAGAGCUAGAUGUGAAGAGCAUGCCACAAAGAGAAAGCAAAGGAGACUUGCAGUGCCCCCUAAAUUGAAAGCCCCAGUAAGUUUAAAUUCUGCUCAGCGCAUCAAGUUAACACUUCAGGCACAAAGAUUAAGAUGUAGGCAACUCCAGUCACAAAUAACAGAAAUGAAAGUCGAGAUUGAACAAAAGAGCUUGCCAGUUACACAAAAUCUAAGCCACGAUUUAUUAAGUAAAAUUUCUGAAAGCAGUGGGAAGAUGACACCAUUUAUAAAAUUGUUCUGGAAACAACAACAGAGAAUCAUGUCUUGUUCAGCACAGGGAAGACGGUACCAUCCUACAAUUAUUCGCUGGUGCCUUUCAAUUGCCUCAAAUUCGGCAUCGGCAUAUGAUGAGUUGAGAGAUACUUUCAAAGACUCUACAAUUGUGCUACCAAGCCAAAGGAUUCUCCGUGAUUACACUAACACCAUUACUCCCCAGACUGGGUUUAACCCUAAGAUCAUUGAAGAACUAUGCAAUGCAACAAAAAGCUAUGUCAAUCACCAGAAGUUUGCGUUUAUCAUGUUUGAUGAAAUGAAAGUGCAAGGGAAUUUGGUCUGGCACAAACACUCAGGGGAGCUAAUUGGAUAUGUUAAUCUUCGUGACCCAGAAAUCAAUUAUGCCACAUUAGAGAAAGUGGAUGAAAUUGCCUCACAUGCUCUCUUAUUUAUGGUGAGAGGGUUUGAAAUAGAAAUAGAGAGAGGAUUUAGAAUAAUGAAAAGGAACUUAAGUGAUGCGAAACAACAAAUACAAUGAAACUGAAAUCAUAUUAGGUGCUUUUCAACAACCAAAAAUUGAAACUUCAUAUGUUACUGAUAAUUUAUUUUGGAAUGGCCACGUAGGAAAUCUGAUGAGAAAGUCUGAAUAAAAACACUCUUGGAAAAUUAUUUGGAGAACUAGGCCUUGUAGAACUAUAACUAGAGAAAUUAUUUAAGCACUGAUCGCGAACAAUGCUAAAAUUGCACAAUUUGAGUGUCAAGGAUAUUUUAAUCAUUGCUGGAAGUCUAUAUCAUACUGUUGGAUAUUAACUGCUAAGAACUUCAGGUUAAGAAUCUUGAUAUAUUCAUUCUAACUAAUGACUCAGUUGUAACUACACAGCCUAGACCUUCAAAUUUACAUGGCGACGACAUCAUCGCUUUCUUUUUUUUGUGCUCAACAAAUCUUUAUAAAGCAUUAUCAAAAGAUUCCUGAAUCUCAAGUUCAUCUUCUAGAAAAUUUGACUCAAAAAGCUCCAUAAUUAUAUCAAAAUCAUCGCCUGAAAUCAUAUCCUCCUGCAUUACUGUAGCCAUUUUGAAAUUUUGUGUGCACGGUGAUGCGUCACGUGAUAUAAAAAACUAACCACCACAACAUGCAUAUCGAUUCCCUUUGAUCUUUGCGCUCUUUCCAGACCAGAGUAUUUUGAAUGACUAUGUAUUAACACACGAGUAAUGAAAUCUUACAAUUUUACAUGAUGGAUUACCACAAGAAAUAAUGUUACCAAAUUCUGGUCUUUUGCAAUUACAAUGUAAUCUCCUAUCAUGUGAUACAUUACAGUUCAUUUUGUGACAUACGACCUAUGUCAGGAUGCAGCCACAAAACUUCAUUAAUAAAACCUGCUUCAAAUGAGAAAUAAAGUUGGCAUCUUUUUCAACAGUACACAAAAGGCUUGUCUUCCCUUCAGGAGAACCUGAAAUGUUAGAAAAGCUGUGCUUUUUGGGUCUUGAAGUCUAAUGACAUUAUUGUGGCUGGUUGCACUGACUGCUGGUUGCUCUAGAUGCUUUUCAAGAGCAAAGCUGACUAGUGCAUGCUGUUGUUGUAUUCAGUUGAAAAUAAACAGCUGCUUCUAGUUUGAAAAUAAGAGCAGCAACGUGGCUAUAAGAUAAGCUUAGUCCUGUCAUACAUGUGCAAUACCCAGUCACUACCCAUCCUUGGGUUCUGUGACAACAAACCCAGACUCGGUAUAAUGAUGGCUUUUGACUUGACAUUGGCUUGGUACUACCUGUUUAAAAGCAGGAGGGAUAGAGCUGAUCAUAUAAAUUACAAUAUUGACACCUUGUACAGCACUUCAACCUUCAUGGGAAAUUUUGAAAGGCAAUAUGGCAUUAUACCAGAAUUAAAUUUAAUUUUUCUAUUUGGGGGCACUUUCUUUAUCAUAUACACAAAAAGGUGACAUAUAGAUUGAUAUUGUUUAUGGCAAUCAAUCCGUCUUUGUUGCUGCUUAUAUGCCGUGCAUUAGGUUUAGAAGCUGUAAAAAACAACAUUGAGAUUUGAUAGAAGAUGAAAUUACCUCGGAUUUGAUAUAGCAGAGUUGGCAUUUAUCAUCAGUUGGGCAGUGAAAGCAAUCUUGAACAUGACUGCAAACAAAAUAGUUGUACGCCUCUAAAGAUUUGCAGGCCUUCCUGGAUUCCUUCAUAAAUGAGCUAAGAGAUUUUGUUAGAUACUCAGUGACAUCCCUCCAGGUUAUAUUCGGUAAUUUCCCAAUAUCAGCUUUAUUCAGAGAAAAAUUGUCAGAUUAUUUUGUCCCCGGUCUUGAAAGUCAGCUUCAAGUCAUAAAUAUUUUGCUCUUCUACUUUGAGAUUGUUAUACUACUAAGACAUCGCGACCUAUUCUCACACAACCAGAUAUAAUGUUAUGUUCAGCAUGUGCACACAACAACAUUUAACGUUCAGCAUGUGCACACGCCUGUUUUCUAUGGUAUUUCAAAGAAGGCCAUGUUUUUCUGAGGCGUGUUGAUAGUGUGUUUAUUUAUUACGGUAAGUUCUCUAUCUGCAGACAUGCGCCUAAAAGUUGUUUAUAAUUUUUAAUGACCUUAGUCGCCAAGUGAUCUAUUGCCUGGAAAAAUUUUGCCUCAAAAAUGGAAGAGCCAUGCACCCCCAUGUCUCCAGGUUUCCCUGGCCUUAUGCACAUCUCUUUGGAACUUUGAUCUUUGAUGUCCCAAUGUCACCGGUAUGAAUUCUCAAAUAAUCCCUUCCAUAAACAUGUAAAAGCAGAAAUGUUUAAUAUAUCUUCUGAGUCAGUACUGCGUGAGAGCAUGUUAUGAAGGUUAUGGUGGUUGGAGGUGCCACCAGCGGAAAGAUUCAAGAUUUGUGUUAAAUCAAGCAGAGGCAAGUUCGAUUGAUUUAAUCUAUUUAAGUUUAUUCCCAUCCAUUUUAUCCACCUCCAAAAGUUUCCCUUCCUCGCUACCCCCCUUGCAUAUAGUAAGGUUUUUUGAUCAGUUCAAGAUUUGAUCUUAUUCAAAGAGUUGGCUCACCACUCAUUCUAAAAACUAUAAAUUUUAACAUUAUCAGCCAGUAUUUAGAAUUUGCAAGCCAGCCAGCACCUUUACUAUUGAGUGUCUCAUAAAAGACUGCAUAUUUUGUGAUAAUAGGUUUGAGGACAUUUUUUACGAGUCUUAUAAGAAUAUUACAUAUAACGAUGUUAGAAAUAGGGACAUUACAUAUAGGGACGUUACAUAGGGAAGUUACAUAUAGGGACGUUACUUGUUAAGAUGUUACAUAUAGGGACGUUACUUAUAACAAUGUUACAUACAGGAACAUUAAAUAUAGGGAUGUUACUUCUGAUGAUGUAAAUAUAGGGACAUUAAAUAUAGGGGAACCUCAAACAUAAAGGGAUGCUACCAUUAACGAUUUCCAUGUAAAAGAUAUCACUACACGCUCUGGGGAACCAUGGUUUUAAAAGGUUUUCCAAACCAUGAAAUUGAACACUUUAAAGUCAAAUCAAACAUGCUUUGUUGAGCUCCUUAUAUGGGGAAAUGUUCACUGAAAAGACCUUUAUUGCUCAAUACUAAAUACAGAAAAGAAAAUCAACUCGAUAAUGAGUUGGAAGAAGAUUGUCGAGAGGUAACAGAAGAAAGACUUCUUGAGAUGCUAAAUCAGAAAACCGCAAAGCAGAUAGACGUUUUUGCAAGAAUUCUUGGUGCUGGACCAAAAAGGACUAAGCUGGAAAUGCUGACGCAAAUUUUCGAUGUGAUAUCAAAGGACUGCCAGAAAUUCAUAAAAGAUGUUAGUAAGCUGGGGGGAAGAUCUGGUGGUUGGGUUUCUGCUACGAGUAACAAAGGCAUAGUUUAUGCGCUAAAAUUGUUAAAGACCUUAUGAAACGAAAUUUUCAGUAUCGCUUUUCUUUCAUUUUCUAAAAUUGCUAUCUUUCCUUGUAAUUUUGGUAUCAAAAUAAGCAAUGUGGGUUAAACAGAAGAUAUUAAAAAACGAGUUUGAAGUUGGGUUGUUUUCGCGAAAAAUGUGAGAAUUGUGUGACGUAUGAAUGAUGAGUCGUUUGCAAACAGCCGAGAGAGAGAGUCUCUCGCCAGUAUUGGUUUUUUUUGCUGGGCGAAAUAAGUUUAUAUCUUUAUACAGUUGAUCAUGUCAGACAGUGAAAAUGAAUCUGUUGGAAGCGUAGUCGAAGUAAUUUCAUUGGAAGGCAGUAGUUUUGAAGAUCAUUACGGAAUCGUUAAUUUGGGAGGAGCGGUUAGGCCAUAUCAGAGCUAACCAGUUGCUAACCUCGAGGAUGCCGAGGUUUACGAGCAAGAUGAAGAGGACCCUAACCAAAUGCCUAUGGAAAUUUUAGGAGCAAGAUACGAAAGAAGAAUCCCAGUUAAUGAAUGAUAUGUUCCUAUUAAAAAAUAAAUGGUUGCUACGAGCAGUUUUUUACUUGUAAUUUUCGUUUCAUGGGACAUGUGGAACGGUAGCUCAUUUUCAGUUUUAUACAUGCGUUCUUCAGCAUAUAUUUUUCAGUAAUAUUCACUCCAUAAUAGCAUUCCACUUUAAUUUAUUUUCGAGUGGCAUUUAUUGAUUUAUUUUUCUUAAUUGUUUUGCUCUGAACGUUUGGUUUGGCAAAGUAGGCCUAAGUGAAUCAUUCCAAUCGUAGGUGUCAGUGUAACAAGUGUGACAGCGCCUUGCUGAAUGGUGCUCGAGAAUACCGAUGUUGUUAUGAGAUUCCUGCAGCAAUUGAUAAAUUGGGUGGGGAAAUACAAGUAACAAGGUGCAUCAAACAACAUGAAGACUACCUGUCCAUGGCAUAGGAGGUUGUGCUGCAAAACGUUGGCCCACUACUUAAAGACAGAGAUGGGAGAAGAUACAAACAAAAAGCAGGCUGUUCGAAAAACCAGUCAGCAUUAGGGCCAAUAAGAGUUUAAUUUCCAGAUAAUACAAAAUUGUACAUAAGCAAAUUAUACGAAAAAAUUACUACAUAUAUAUGUUUAUCAUUUAAAUAGACAUAAUUUUAAAUUUUUGCAUUGUGGAGUAUCCACAUCCAUUUCCACACUUUCAAAUGAUGAAUUCAAAUCAACAAAAACGGACGUGGUUUCAGGGUUUUGAUCUUUACUGCAACUUGGUUGGCUUUCUUUGUCCUGAUAAUAUAAAAGUGUUGUAGUGUAACUACAAUACCUUACAACCAGUAACAUAUUUUAAAGGAUUUAUUACUUUGCAGUUCCAAUCACAAGUGUUUUAAAAGUAUAUGAAAACAUUGUCAAAUUUUUACUUUUGAAAUGCAAUUUAAAAUUUAAAAAUGCGUUUAAAAUUCUCAUUUGUGAAAUUUGCUGGCAUAGUUUCUCAUUCUGGUUACGAAGGUACCAGACACUCUUUUGCAAAGCAAUGAUCUUCUUUCUUUGCAUAUCCACUGUGUCCACUUUGGUUUUAUGCUCCUGUACUGUGGAUGAUGGGGCAACUGUUUGUGGUUCUUCUUUUUCAGCCAAGCUCUUUAAAAUCUGAAAAUUUAUUUGAAAUUUGUAUUCGGGUAACAAUCUGCGUAAGCUUUGUAAAAUGGGGAUGGGAAGAGCUGGCAAGGCAGAGUUUUUUUUAAAAUUAAAAUCACUGUGAUUUGCAAUUUUGAGAAGCCCAAGGGGGCUUAUGUCUCUUUAGGCAGUAUGCGGAAGUAAAGUUUUCGAUCUAAGUGUCAAAACUUACCCGCUUUCGUUCACACUAAGAAGGGUCAGUUGUACUUUCAGCUUCAUUCGCCUCAUCGAUAGUCGGGAAAGCAUCAUCUUUAAGUCUCAUUCGAAUGCCAAGCUCUUUACAAACAUCCCUCCUUAUGGUGAAGCAUGAAUCCUCAAAAUGAAUGGAGCACAGCGCCGAGUAUUUUGAUGCAGUGAAGCCAGGCCGAUGUUUUCGAACAAAGCGCACCCACUUUUGAUGGUUGCUAAAUUGCAUAUCUUUAUCAGGAAAGUAAUGAAACAAAAAUUUUCCGUAAUCUGUGUAUUUUUACAGCUCAUUCCGUUCUUUGAGCCAGCAACACACGAUCGACCGUAAGUGCGUUUGGAAGUCUUAUUACCCUCAAUGGUGGUUUAUUUAACUGUGUUUUGGCUGACACGCGUCACGGGAUAUAUACUUACUCAUCAUUCAUACGUCACAAGAGGAGAUUAGAUUUCGCAACGGGAUUGCAAAAUUUCACACAUUUAACCGGCUAUUGUGGCAAAUUGGAUUAAAAUUUUUAAAAACGGAUUUCAGUUUCGCAUUAAGGGCGUGUAAAAGUAUUAUUUCCAGUGAAUAAAUGGAAUUCGAAAAUUUCGUUUCAUUAGACCUUUAAUAAGAGUUAAGAGUCCUCAUGAUUGUUUGGACCUUAUUCUGUCAAUAAAGCACAGACAAAAUGCCAAAGAUGAUUGUAGCACAUGGAAACAAGCGCAUUCCUGACCUAUUCACCCUACACAAAGGGCUGGUGGUAGAGCCAACAGCAGAACAUAUUGAGAAGCCAAAGAGCAGGGAGAUGCAGAUGUUUUGUGACUGGCUGAAUAACUCCGAAAACCCUGGCAACAAUGAUGAAGAUGGUGCACAUCCAAUUUCGGGUUUUAAAACAAGAAUGUGUCUUUUUUAUUGUCUUCAUCGGAAUAACUCCAUAAAGGAAGUUGAAAUAUUGCGAAGGAGCACGUUGAUCAAUGAGUUGAAAGGAAUGCUUGACACGGAGAUAGACAAGCAUCAUCAUGAACCCCACAAUCAUGAUGCUAGAUUUCAAACCAAUCAUGAAGCCAGUGAACCAUAUUUUUUUGUUAAAAUCGAUCAUCAGUCUGCACUAUAAUCACCAAAAAAUUGUGCAAUAGAAAAGAUCAAGAAUGUAUUCAAUUAUGAAAAUAAGUUGAACAAGUUUGACAGAGCAUUGAUUGAUAUAACAAAAAGAACAAAAAAUGUUGAGCUGUCAAAGAAAAGAAAGCAUGAGAAGAAUGGCACUUCAAGAAAUAUAGAAACAUCAACAACCGGCGAAACCAGCUUCAUCAAAACUGAUUGUCCUGAAAAAGCAAACCAAGAGGAUGAGAAAUCAUCAAAAGCCCAAAGAAAAAUUGAGAUGAUUACUGGAUCCAAGAUUUAAAUUUGAAAAUACGAGAUUUAAACUUGAUCUGAAAAGGCUACUGGCUCAACAACAAGAUUUUCUGAGCAGCUGAAAAGCUGUUAAAGUAUUAACCCUGAUGUCGGUGGACUGCAGGAUUUUAUCCUCAUACAAUUUUCGUGGUUGUCAUUUGAUAAAGAUAUUAAACGUGAAAUCGGUUUCUUGUUAAGCUCAUCUCUACAACAGUCUCCAUUCAAUAAACGUCCAGCAAAAGGCUACAAAGCAACCAGCAAAAAACCAGAGCAAAUUUUACAACAGAAGUAGGUUACAAAUAAAAUGAAGUAACCCUUUCAAAACCUGUCAAUUCGAGAUGACAAAUGGUACUAACUUUAAAAAACACUACAUCUGGUCUUUCGUGGUAAGGAACCUUGCUGAUUUGACUUGGGGGCCAAUUUUCAAGCCCCUGAACACUUUUAGUCUUAAAUAAUAGAAUUUCUUGAGAAGUUUGAAGAACUUAUUUGAUGCUCUUUCCUUUGUAGCCAUUGAUUCCAGAAUGCUCACAGGUGCAGAAGCUGGAAGAAGUAAUAAGUUAUUUAGUCAAUGUUGAUGUGUCUGCGUCACAACUCCAAAACCAAUUAGAUCCUUUUACAUGUGUGUACCUCAUGUACAGCAGCAGUGUGGGGGUAACAACUUUGGACUUUUCACUAUUGCUUUGCAGGUUUUUUGGUUACUGGCUAUGCUCCAUGUUUAUGUGAAUACGACCAGAGACAAAUGAGAAAAGCAUUGAAAGAGAGCCUUCAAAGAAAGACAUGGCAAUUUUAUGGACAAUGUCACAAAAUUUACUGAUAACAAAAGACCAGAGGAAUGCUUGUUUGAGUGGUUUGAGUAGUACGUUGCCAUUGUCAGUUGCCAGAUAUCAGAAAAUUAAUGGUGCAAUGCAUACUGUGCAAAAACUGGUUGUAUGGAAACGGCAAGACUGGAAAUUAUGAAAUUCCUGAAUAGAUAUGCUUAAGAUAAAAUGAUUUGAAUAGUAGGAAGGAGGCACGAAAAAUUAAAAGACUAAAGCAGAUAGAAAAUGAAAGAAAACUGCAAAUUGAGAAUUAGAGAGAUGGCAGAAGUCAUGCCGCUGGAUGAAAUGUGCGACAAAUAUAACGAAAGUAUUGAUAUCAAGGAGCCUUGUCACGCAAUAACAAGAUUAGUUCCAGCAGCAAAGCUACCACAGGGUCAAACACACGAACAUUGACUGCAUGCGUAUUGAUGAUUAUUGUGGCAAAAUUUAACACACUCUGCAAAUAUCUGUGCGGGGUAGCCAUUCCGUUUGAAGCUAUCUGAAUGCAAGAGUGGACUUUUCUAAGUCUGUUGCUAACCCUUCAAAAGCUGCAAUUUUUGAAACCUUUCCACAAACUAAUAUGUUCUUAAAAAAGACACAAAAUGGGAAUAGCUUGCAAAAUGCUGCCAAUUUGCCCGAAAUUUAACGUAGAAUUUGAAAAUGGUCUAGAUUGAGACUUGUGCGGGGUUUUAAUGUUACAAAAGCUCGUGCAACAGGUUGAAGUAUGCGUGUUGGGUCCAUAUUUUGAGAAAAAUUUCAAAGUCUCCAUCGCCCGCUAGGUGCUAUGUGCAAUGGGCUGGGGUGAAAAAAUUUCGGGUUCUCACACGAAAUGCUAGCUCAAAUGAAAAGAGAUCAGAGCACAGUCUGGGAAUAUGAAAUUAAGGUCUAAGUUUUGAGUUAUUUAUUGUUUGAUAUUGGGUAGGAGGGAAAAUCGGCUGUCCCUGUAGAGACAAACAUAAAGCCAGGUGUUCCGAGUGGCCUUAAGAUUUACACAAAAACGGGAUCGCUUGAAAAAUGCAGUCAAUUUGCUCGAAAUUUAGUGUAGAACUCGGAAAUGGUGUCUUUUUGAAAGAUUUUGGGGCUUUUCUGUUGACAAAGUCCCAUGCAACAGGUUACAGUUUGAGUUUUGAGGCUACGUUUUGAGAAAAAUUUCAAAGUGUCACUCGCGCAUUUGGUGCUGUGUGUAAAAGGUUCGAAAUAAAAAUUUUGGGUUUUUCACAUGAAACGCUACUUUAAGUAAUAAGAAAGUCUGGCACAGUUGGGCUUUUUCGAAAUAAGGUCUAAAAGUUGAGUUAUUUAUUGUUUAAGAAGGGGGUGGAGGGUUUGCGCUUGUCCUUGACGGCCACCUACAGGCUUGUCCUCGGUUUACACAAGUGGCCUUGAGAUUUACACAAAAACAGGAUCGCUUGCAAAAUGCAGUCAAUUUGCUAGAAAUUAAGUGUAGAAUUCGGAUAUGCUGUCUUUUUAGGACCCUGGGAGAGGGUGGGAUGUUUUUUAUUCCUUGGGGGAUAAAAUAGUCUGAGGAUAGCCUAAACUGUUUGCAUGAUGAUGCUCGUGAGGGAGGGAGGUUUCCAUGAAUCGACGAGAAACCCUAAUUGCAAGUGUUUGGUUGUUUGUUUCUAGGGUGGAGGAGACGGUUUUGGAAACGUAGGUGUCACAGAGAGAUACGUAAUAGCAAAAAAUACAUUUGUUCACUUACUUCCUCCUUAGAAUCAAUCCAAAACAACCAAAAAGCAACCAUGUUUUGUAUCUUCGACCCAGGUUGCACAGCACUUUCCAAAACUAAUUAACCCUGUGUAUACAAUGCUUUGGUAUGUCAUUGUUGACAGGCAUCAACUGGUAGGAGUAGUAUUGAAAACGAAAACAAUACCAGGCAAUCUGAUGCCAAGUUUUCCAUAAAAAGGGAUCCUCGAAUGCAAAAAAUCAGUUUUCAUGAGAAGUCAUAAGCAAGAAAAUGGACCACGAAUGUAAUGAAGAUGGUGAGUACAUUGCAGUUCACUUGUUUGUGCUUUUUGUUCUGAAAUCUAUUUGGUGCUUUUGGUAAAAAAAUAAUGUUUUCCUACAACACUGAUGACCUGAUAUCCGUUAAUCAAUUAUCAAAACAAAUUCCUUUAUUUUCGUAAAAUUAAUUUAUUCGAACCAGCCCUCAAAUGAUUGAUAAGGACCAACUUUCCAAGCCCUGCCCCCAAAUUAGUAAGAGCUCAGCCACUGUUUAAACAAACCGCUUCCUAGUUAGUGCCUUGUUUUAUUUCAAAUGAUUUCAGCUACUGUAAUCAGUUUUUUCUGCGUAACUUACAUUCUACUUUUUGGAAUCCAUUUUAGUGGAGCAGAAAUUUGGGGUGCAGUUUGAUGCAAUGGAAGACAAAGAAGACGAUACCCAGAUCGUAGAAGAUGAGAUCCCCCCCGUUCCAAAGUAAGAAACUCUCAGCACAUUUUUUCAAUCAUCAGAAUUUUAUUUUAAUAUUUGAAUUUUCAUGCCGAGAGUAAUCGAGAAUUAAAAAGAACAAACCCCCUUCUGGUGUCUUGUUGUAUUUCUAGUUAUUAAAAAAUUUCUACACCGUGUUUUUUCCAUGAAUCUAACAAUUUACUUUUUGGAUUUCUUCUAGUGGAUUUCUUCGAUGAAGUUGCUGACGAGGAGAAUACGCAGAUCAUAGCAGACGAAAUACUCCAGAUGCCAAUUGAGCAGAGGUCAGCAGGCGACUGCCACGAAAGUGUUAAGCCCAAAAAAAGGAACUCCAAAGCCUGAUUGUUCAUAAUAGCAGAAGCAGCACAUGACGGUGCUACGAGGGAUGACGAGGAGGAUGACAGUUGUAACAGCCACCCUAGUUUCAUAACGGACACGGCAAUGUCGCUGGAGGAGCUGCCAGAAACAACUUUUUCCCAUUAAUUUGGGGUGCGCAAACAGAUAACCCUUUCUAUAAAAGAAUUACUAGAAACCUGCACACCCAUCUGUAUGUUUUGUUCCCUAUCAUUUGCCUAUCAUUGCAUCAAUGGUCUCUUGGCAGCAUAUUUAGCAACAAGCUUCAUACCUAAAAGGAGAGGGGUUGGAAAUGCAAGCAUCCAAUGCUGGAAACAAGAUUACUCUUGCUUUCUCGACGCAACAAGGGACACUGCUGACGAGCAGUCUGUUGAUGAAGCGAGGAAAUCUCUUAACAAGUGUGAGAUUUUUCUCAAAUCAGGCAAGCCGACAGACCAGAUGCAGCCUCUGGUAACUGGCAUUCUGGAAUAUGAUCAAUGUCUCCAAUGCGCAUGGGUAGACAUUUUUGACAAUGUUAUGAUAUGGGGGACACCAUCUUGGUCAGAUGUAAGUGACUGGUUAACACACAGAUUUCCACGCUGGCUCACCAAGCAUGGGAGUUUUACAGAGACAAAUGUCACAUGCACUAGCAAGGUAACAAAUGCGAUGCUUUGGAGGUUUUCCAAGGAAGACGUCUUGUCCCUCUGUUCCCAAGAUGUCAUUGAGAAAACAGGCCUUACAGUCACAGAGCUAACGUACAGCAGGUUGUCACCUAUCAACAUCAAACAGUAAUGUACGUCUUCAGGAAGCUAUGUACCGGUGAGUGCAACUUCAUCAGGGCUGGAAAAUGUCCAGAAAAGAAAAAUGAAAUUUUUAGCGUGAAAUCUCCAUAGCUUUAUGUUAUUAUGAACACUAAAUCAAUGUUAAUAUCAUUCUACCUAACGCUGUUUUUUUGUCAUAAACAUACAUACUGUAUAGUUUUCGUUCUGCACUACUAACAAAAAAUGAAGAUUAGCUUUCAAAAUACAAUCAUUUGAUAUUAUCAGUGUAUUGUGUAUUGUGCAAACUAUAUGUAUUAGGCUCGAUCAUGUUCUCCUCGAUUAUCUAAUAUAGUAUAAACAAAAUGAUUGCUGUUAGAACAGCUUUGAUAAAAAAUCGAGGACCAACAAUUAGUUUUAGCUUAGUGUGACAGUUUUUUUCAGAACAAAAGCUCAAACAAUCUGGCACCUUAAAAAAUCACCUUCUGUGAUUCAUUGGAAAAUUUUCCCUAGCUUUGCAAGAAAUUUUGAAUUUUUUAUUUAGCUGACAAGAAGAAAAAUCAUUUUUCAAGCCUUGAAUUUCAUCCUACCUAUGCUGAAUACUAUGUAAUUUGGACUUGACUGUAAUGUUAUUCCAUGUUUGUUAUUUCAAUUUGCAAAGCUAAUUUGAGAUGGAUGGCAGCCUUCUCCAUUAUCUCCAGAAUUUAAGAGAGUGCUAGUUACAAAAAGUCUUAACUUCUCCCUAGGUAUGGUAUAGAGUUUCUUAAAUUCAAACCUCUCGGAAAAGAAUCCCUCCGGGAGCUAAGCGAGUUUGUCCAGAAAAGACGUGUAAGCCACUUGCCUUCAAGCAAAGAAGAUGGAAAUGCAGGUGAAGCUGAGGCUGAUGGGCAAAGCUCACAGUUGAUGUCCGAUCGAAUUGUCAAAGAAGUGAUUGGCAGAUUAUCUUUCUUUUUGAAGCAUUUGUAAUUAUUACACUAUUACUAGGCGUAGCUUAAUAACUUCAAAGGGUGAUUCUUUAAUUCUUUUGUAAUGUCUCUUAAAAUGUUUCAACUAAAUUGUUAAGGCCUUUAGCAUCAAUGUCUGUAAUCGUUUAUUACCAAUUGACAGAGUCUACGACUUAUGAAAACUGUGAAUCUCCUUAAAAAGCUCACAAAGCAUUGCAUUGGAGUUGGACAUUCUGUGACUCUGUACUUCAAGAUGUCUGAGGCUAUCUUUGUUUUGUAAAUUCUAAACGUUAAUGAAUAUUACCUCUAAACCGAAGGCCAAGAGAAAAGAUGGUUGGCAUUUGAAUCAAAUGGAACAUUGUGGAUAAGCAUGGAACAAGUGAAGGCCGAGUUCACAAAAAAUCUACAAGCUCAACUCUCUGCAGCAGAAUGCACAGAUUGAAGAUAAAGUGCAAGAAACCUGAGGGGAUCUUGCGCUUGAAGCUCGAAGAGAAAUUUGAACCACGUAAAGGUGGGCAUUACGUCAUCCCUUUAGACAGUCUUCAUUUGCUGCUACAGAAGCAGAGUGUGCUUCAACUACCACAAGCAGCAGUCGCCAAUGUGGAGGCGAGUACAAGUUACGAAGCUGCUUCAAGCAUGCAGGAUGGAGUUUCUUCAUUUGAAGUGUUCUUUGAGAAGCUCCGAGAAUUCUACACAGAUGAAAUAAACCCGUUAAGACCAUCAAACAGUAUGUCAGCAGGGACAAUUGAACGCCACACAAGAAGGUUAAAGAAGUUCUUUGAACAUGUAAAAGACACAUAUAACAGACCCCCACAAAUAGAGGAUGCUACAAACAUCAACUUUGUUAGGGUAUAUGGGUACAGUCGCAAAUCAUAUUCAAAGCCUCAUAGUGGCAGCAAAAUAUAUUCUAAAAGAAAGGCCUAACAAAAAGUUGGCAGGAAAAAGCGGAAGUAACACAAUUGAGGAACAUGCAGGCCCAAUUGCAAAGCCUCUAUGAAAUAGAGCGAAAUAAAAGGUACUCAGAAGCCAAUGAAAGAAAGAACUUUGAAUGGAAACAGGCUUUAGAAACAUUAAAAUUGAUGAGGGACAGGAUAAUUUCGUCAAAAGAGGUGGAUGGGUAUCAAAAGGCAAGGUUAUACCAUGAUUUUGUAAUACUUUUAUUGUUCACCACAGUGAGCCCAUCAAGUAAUGCAGAUUUGAUGAAAUUAAAAUAACUAUUUGACGAGGAGCAGGGGAGUGUUUCAGAAGCUACAUUUUAUUUAAGGAAAAUGGCAGCGCUACAAUGGUUGUAAAUGAUUUUAAAACAAAGAAAAAUUACAGGUGCAAUAGAGUGGACAUCUUCAGUUACGAUUAUGUCAACCAACAUCUACGUAAAUAUGUUGAGGAGGAGAGGGAGAAGCUUAUGUUGAGUAAGAGACAUGAUUUUCUUCUAAUAAAGGGCACGGGGCAACCAUUUGACACAUCUGAGUUGUUUACUGUUUACAUCAAAAAGGCGUUUCAGCGACGCAAUGGGGGCUUGAAGUUCACAACUACAACCCUCCGAAAAGCCCUCGUAAACUGGCUAAUGUGCAACGAGAAGUAGGACGAAGUAAGAAAUUCAGUUCCAAGACUCAUGAGCCUCUCACCACGAGUUCAGCGACUUCGCUACAACACAGAUGAUCCAGCAAGAAAAAUAAAAAGGGCCGCUGACCACCUCACUUCUAAAACAUUGACUUUUUUGGGGGAGGACGAAAAUGACACAGAAACUGAAGCAGAAGAUACCCCUUUAUAAAUUUCACAAGGUUUAACAAACUUUAACAAUUACAUUAUUUUAGAAAGCUAAGACAUUGCUAAUUUCGUGUUUUUAGCUGGUCGUAUUUUAGAAAUUAUUUAAGGUUAAUUGAUUGCUUUGCGGAAAGCUCUUUUUACUUUUCUGACCAUAAUACCAGGGUUGCCAGAUGAUUGGAAUGGUUGGCGGUCAAAUACUUUACGGUUGAGCCUCUGCUUAAUUUUGCACAAAAGCCAUUUCCAAAUCGUUUGCUUUGAUUUUGUGAACUUUUUAUUUUAACACUCCCUCUUUUCAUAACAGUAGAAGAUCACAUUCAUAAAUGCGCCUGAGCCAAGUUUCAAAAUGCAAAUAGUUAUGAGAAACGCGUUGACAUAAUGUUCCACAAAUCAUGUGUAAUUUCAGCGUUUGGAGGCUGCGUUUUGAGAAAAAUUUCUUAAUGUCACGUCUGGUUUGUACAAAAUUCGUACAACCGGAAAUUCGAUAACAAUCAAGAUAAAAAAACAAAAGGGACAUUCGCAUAAAACAAAGAGCAACAAGGAUUGACAACAGCAUUUACACUUCCUUCAGACUAAUGAGAAUAGAGCUUAUUCAGGGAAUAAGGGAACAGAGCUUAUAGAGAGAAUAGACCUAUUCAGGUGUCCAUCCAUCACUCCAUGAACAGUGCCAUCACCAAAUUGUAUACGGUAGGUUGUCGACCAAUAAUCUUGCCCCACCCUCUUACACACGGAGACUCUGGCACUACGACAGGGCCAAAAUUGAUUCUAUCCAAAAAAGCAUCGAGAGAUAUCAAUGGCGAGAAUCUCUUCAAUGGAUUCAGUGCCCCAACGAACAAGUAAAGUUGCUGACAGAAGUCGUUCUCAACGUGUGCUCUAGUAUAUCUUGAGCUUAGAACAAGCCCAGCUAAUAGCCAUGUUAUUUUCUGCAUAUAUUG